ACUGCGCCCCAGCCAGAACUGACACAACCGCUUAAUUGGAUCAUUCACAGAACUUUCACUUGGAUCAGUACACUUGAGGUUUUAUCCUGCAGGUAGCAGACCACAGAGAAAGUAAAAUCACAUCUAUGCUGCCUUCUGGAGCACCUGAAACAUGGCUCACAUCCACAGUGUGCAGAAGAAGACCAGCAGCAUGUCUCUGACGAUCUCCUCUUCCUCCUCAACCUCCUCAUCCUGUCAAGAGCUCUCCUCCUGCUCCUCCAGCUUGUCAUCCUCCUCCACCUUCUUCACUCAGAGACACUCCAGCCUGGCACAGCGGCUCGACACCAGCCCACAGAGGAUUCAGAGUCCACUCUACAAUCAACAGCUUUCAGGAAACAGAGUGGCCCCGACCUUUGUUAAGUAUCUCCAUGAUGUGUCCACAGUAAAGGGCCAGCUGGUGGUGCUGGAGUGCAGACUGAGGGGCUCUCCACCCCUACAGGUGAUGUGGUACAGAGAGGAUGAACAGAUCCUGGACUCUGAUGACUUUAGGAUACUACGCAAGAAGGCCAGCUCUGCAUUAGUACCAGAGGAGUUGUGUACGCUGGUGAUCACAGAAGCUUUUCCUGAAGACUCUGGAAUUUUCAAAUGUGUGGCUAUCAACUCCUACGGCACAGUCUCCUGCUCUGCUACCCUGGAGGUUUACAACGAUCUGGAGGAGCAGCUGGAAAAUGAGUUCAUUCAGCAGCAAGAAAAGGAGGCGAUGGUCCAGCAGCAGGAGCGUCCGCCUGUCCAGGACUUUCCCAGCAACUCAGCCACACUUCCUCCUCCUCAGCGGCCUGGAAGUCCCUCUGAAGAUAUAAUCUCCAACUCGACACAGUGA